CGUGUCCCCGAAACGGUGUCCCAAACAGGACGCAUGGGGCCACUGCUGCGAGAAGACGCUUCCACCGUCAGGCAUCGGCCCCAGUCUCCAACGGUGAGGGCGUCGCUGGCACCCCACCCACAGUCGCCCGCGGCGCGUUGCGUGGACCAGCGCCCAUGCGUAACCAAGGGGUGAGGACAGCGCAUGCGCGGAGAGGAGGAGGUCGGAACCGUUACCGGCUCGUAGCGAGACUCACCCUCGCCUCGACGGUGAUGGUGGUGAAGUAAGUGGCCGCGCCAGCCCGAAGAACACGCUUGGCGCUCGAAACAAUUGGACGUCAGCGGAGCCGGCGGCGGACGGCAGCCGAAGGACCUGCGCGGCAGUAUAAUCACCACCGAGGCUGUACUGGAGUUCGAGUCGGGCGUAGCGGCGAACCAAACGCUUCUUUCUCGUGGGGUGUGCUUAGUGUAGUAUUCGAACCAAGCUGUGCAGCCUGUCGCAAGAGGCUGUUGGAAAUCGGCAUUGCUACCUACUUUCCAGGACAGAGUCUUCAGUGAAGUCGUCUUUGCGAGGGUGUCCGGAAAGCUUCCUGAGGACAGCCAAGUAACUCGAAAGGACAGUCUUCAAGUUUUGUAAGAGUGUCGAUUAUGUUGCUUCAAGCACAUAAGAGGUGGCGAAGCUGAAACACCGCUCAAGAAUUUGUGCGGAGUUGAUGACUGCAGGAUAAAUCGCGGUUUCCAGGUGAAUCAGACUUUGCGCUCGUGAAAGACUGGUCUGCAGUGCCCAACUUUCCUCGAUAUAUAUUAGGCGCUGGACAGCAAGCCGCCCUUCAAAAAGCUUUUGUUCAUCGAUCUCAAGAAGUCGUGUCCCCUAAUUUUUAAGAGAUUUAUCAACAGCACGUGAUUCUCUUCGCUUGUACACGAAGCUACCAGCACGUGGUGCCCGGUUGCCCAAAAUCACUGGCAAGAAUACCUGGAAAGCUACUUACAUCUUCCAGUACUGCAAAGCCCAAGAGGUCUUCUUCACCUUCAACGCCCCAAAACAUGGCUCGAUCAACGGUAUGGACAACUAUCGCUGCAGUGUGCAUCAUUGUCACCAGCUGCGUCCUACCGGCCACGGCCCAGACGUGCAGCUUGGAGCGGUCGGCUCAGUGUCGCGACGACCUGAUGAGGCAAGUCCGGCAGGAGAGCCGCAGCUUCAGGGGGCAGGAGAUCGCCAGCCUCUGCAGAUCUGCCCGGGACAACAUGGCUUGCCUGAUGUGGCACUCGGCCAACUGUCAAUCCAGAGAUCAGCAGGACAAGAGUGGCGACGUCAUCCUGUCUGCGAAGUCCUUCCUGGACCGAUCGUGUGAUCUCGACGGAGGUUGGCGCGUGAGCCGCUGCUUCCAGUACGACGACGUGAAGCAGUGCGAAGCCAACUUCGUGGCCGGAGGCAAGACGUCCAUCGUCACCGACUCGUGCAGGAGCUACGUGGCGUUCAAGCGUUGUGUCAAGGACGUGGCCGGCCGUCGAUGUUCGGUGGAGGAGGAGCGCCAGCUGUCAUCCUACCUGGUUGACCGCGCGCGGGAACUCAGCUGGCAGUGCGGCGCCAGUUCGGGAGAAGCCCGGGACGUGCACAGCAUCUACCGGUCGGGGUCCCCUGGCGGAUACGCCCCCUACACGCAAGCCCCGGCCUACUACCCUCCUCGGUACCUGGGGACCUCCUCCACGAGCCCCCCGCAGCCACUGGCCCCACUGCACCGAUACAAUUUCUCGGCCGUUUCCGCUUCCUCGCCCUCGUCUAGGGCGUCUUCCAACGAGGAUUCAUACUGCAUGCUUCGUGCCAGCGAGUACAUCCAAGACUGCUCCAGGGAACACCAGAGGCGACAGUACAAUGCCAGAAGAUACCACUCGGACGACCGGGUAAAGGAAACUUGCUGCGCCACGCUAGCCUACCGGGAAUGCAUCAAGGUGGUGCUGCACGACCAGUGUCGAGACGCCGGCAGUGCGGUCAUCGACAACAUCCUCUACCAGCAGACCAGGGAGCUCGACUACGAGUGCAGGGACUUCAACGCGUACCGCUGCAGCGGCUGCAUCGCCAAAACCUCCGGUGCCAUGCUGCUGGCCGCCGUCGCACUGGUCCUGGUUCGCUACCUUCGGCAGCAGCUGAGCACGCGCCAUUUUGCUUAUAGUCCACGGUGGAACGCUGUCUGGAAACAUCCGCCAUUGUGCACUGGGCCACACAAGUCGAUCGAGCCCGGGCUUGCACGUUGUACCGAAUGUUGCCCAGCUAAUGGAGAGGUUUAUAUAAUUGGUCGUUCCCUGCAUACCGCUGGCUCACCCCCGCUCAAAUCACACGCGUUACAUACCUAGACUUUCGCAGUGAAUUUGGUUUACAACUGUGUCUCAGUGCAUGCUUGUGCGUUUCGUCCAGAAGAAAUCUCGCGUCCGGUGUCUCGUUUAGUAAUAGUGACAGACGGCGUGACCAUUCCUAUCGCUGCAUGCGACGAUAGCUUCUCGGCACCGCAAAGCCGCAUGCAGGAGACGGGAAGUCAUGGUUUACAUCUUGACGAAAUAAGCAUGUGCUGAACCCAAACACGACGUUGAACAAAAUAAACUGUGAAUGAUGCGUCUAAGCAGACUUUCAGUGCUAUAGAGCCAGCCCAUUUAAGCCGGUACUUAUACCUUCCUCUCUUGUUAAUGCAACAGUCGCCACGCACACACACACGUUCUCUCUCUUCUUAACCUGUCACCUUUUCAUGAUAUUGCAUCGUAUUUGUCGGCGCAGUAGGCGGCUAUGCGCAAUUUACUGCCGCUUUCAUAAGCGCUGAUUAUGUCCCUCCUUCUCCAGAAACAAAGAAAAAUAGAUUGUGCCAGUUAACGAGUCGCGACGGAAAUGUUGAGCUCGGCUUCUGUUAUGUCUUGAUGACAACCAGAUGCUCUCGCAUCGACGCCCAUAAUACUUUGGGCCAUGUAUGAGUUACCCCUAAGCCCGUCUCUUAGUAGGUUUGUUUCUCCAGAAGCCUGCACAUAUAUAGGAAUACACAGGAUUAACAACACAAAGUGUAGCCACAUAGCGGACAAAGUUGCAAUUACGUGCCGCCAUUGUCCUUGGAAGAGAUUUUUUAUGCCAUUGAACAAAAAGAAAAAAAGAGAAAGAAAUAAUUAUAUGGUGUGUAUCAUUAUCCAUAGCGCCGCUAUUUAACUUUGCCUUUUUUAACGGACAGGUAAUCGCGGUUUUGUAUUAGGCACAACUUGGCCAAAUUAUUGAUUCUUUCAUAAAUUAUCUUUGUCAAAGCGAGUCUAUUCUGGCGUGGUAAAUUUUAUCAAGAUAACCUGGCAUGCACUCUGCGCGUCGUCGUAGUAUUUUUCAUCUACAUGACCGGCAAUAAUUUUGCACACGCAUGUUAUGACAAGCCCCUCCCUUCUUCCAACACCGGACAGAGCUUAAAUCCCCAAGCAAAACACGUUUACAACGCACUGUUACGGUAAAUUCUGCUGCUACGCAGAGAUGUAAAUGUUUUGUGAGAACAUACAUGGGAACAUGCUAUACACGUAUCUGUAAAAGAAUCUAUUUUUGUGAUAAAAGUGCAUGCGGCGAAAUUUGUUUUCUAAGUAGAAGUGUGAGCCAUUGUUCAGAAUUUCGUAUUUACGUACACUGUAUCUAUACUAUUCCGCAUUGACAAGAUUGCGUGAUUAGGUCGACCGUAUGUGCCUUGAGUGCUGUUUUAUAUGGCUUAUCACACUUAAUCGUUGUACGGGUGAAUGUGUAGUCAGCGUUUGACACCAAGCUUGUGAUGGGUAUAUCAAGUCACGCGGCAGAGAUCUCGGCGUGUCCGCGAAAGGCCAAAACGUGAUUGAAGCAUCUCGCUAUCUUUAUCUUUGCAUUAAUUGUUUGGUCACAGUUGAUAAAAAUAGAAAAACAAUCGUGUUUUGUGGUGAAACACGCCACUGUCAAAUUAUCACGUGUUCGCCCGUAUCAGCGACCGACCGGAGACAACAUUAUGCAGCUGAAAGGAAUUCGCACAGCUGUGCAUUUUAUUAUUUUAAAAAAAUCUACCAGAACAGUUAGAACAGCCAACGCAACCCCAUCCUACAAAAUUUAUGAUAGUAGCGUAGCAGAUUGGUCUAGCUGGUGUGGCAUAAUUUUUGUGUGAAGCGCGAACUUGUCUACGUCAAACGUUCGCACUUCACAAACACACACAUUAUGGUAGUCUUUUCUCUCUCACUCAAAUCGACCACAAUCGGCAAUACUUCGAUCUUUCCUCCUUAAAUAUCAGCAGUUGAGCUGUUUUCGUUUUAACUGAAGUUCUAGCCGAUCACCAUCCCUUUUCAUUGUUUUGUCCUUUUUUUUAACCUUAUCUACAGCUUUAUCUCCAGUCAUGAUUCACCAACAUUGCGCCCUUUUCCUGUCAUGCACAUACCCAUUACGUUGACGAUACCCGCUUGGGCAUUAAUUAUCAGCGGCGUCCUUUGACUCUCUUAUCAGCGAUGACAACACAGCGUAGUUCAUUCGAUCUGCGUUUAUCAAAGUGGAAAUUUUAACCACCCUCGUUAUGGUAUUCAACGCCGUGGAAACUCACGCGCGACUGUUUUGUACAUACUGAUAGCGCAACGCGUUGUGCGAUAAAUAUUUUUACAGUUUUUCACGUCUAUAUAUACAUGUUGUUUAUUGAAAGUGUUUUUGUAACGGUUGUUUUAUCCGAGCCAAUAAACGCAAUGAAAACUCCAA